AUGUAUUGUCAACCAUCUGGGUUACGUGUAUUGUGGGAUGAGUUCUUCCCACAUUUGGUUGAGGAUUACCCGUCUAUAAGCACGAUAAGCAACAAUGAAAUUCUAACUUACAAGCUUCUUAAAGACUUGCAUCACUUAUUAAGGCCGCUUAGGAAAACAAUCUCAGACUACAAUGAAUUGCCAAAUUUACUAGAAUCCGUUGAAAACAUUGAUGAGUUAUCUGAAAUAAUGGAGGAGUAUUUUGCAGUUCCAGUUCCUACUGAGGAUACCGACUCUAUAGGCAAGCUGAAUGUCAAUCAACGACGUACAUAUGACACAGUGAUGAAUGCUAUCACUUUGAAAAAUGGUGGUGCUUUCUUCGUUGAUGGUCCCGGAGGUAUUGGAAAAUCAUAUUUGUAUCGAGCUAUAUUAGCUACUGUAAAACGUAGAGAUGAGAUAGUUAUCCCAACAUCAACUUUUGGAAUUGCCGCCACAUUGUUGCACCAAGGGAGAACUUCACACUCAACUUUUCAACUACCAAUUAAACUAGAUAGCUCAUCGUCAUGCACCUUUACAAAGAGUUAA